UCAGCUUGAUUUUGUUUUCUUAUCUGCCGGGCCACAAUCCCACUAUUUCAUAAAUGAAAGUCUCUGAAGAAUAAUAUGAAAUUAACCAAAAGAUUAAUUUCUUUAGUUUUGAACAUAAUUUCUGGUGCAGUCAAAUGCAAAGCAACAAGCCCAGGAAGGCGUUACUAGGGGACCUAGGAAAUGCGUGCCUCCUUAGUUGUAGCUCGGGAAGCAGCAGGAAGACGUUCAGACACAGGAACACAUCGUAACCCUUCAGUUUUGAAACGUUGCUAGGUCUUCCCCUGCUAAAAACGAUCAAAGGGACAUCUGGGUAAAGCUCGCACCGCUGAUUUGACUUUUAAGAGUGCCGGGUCCAAUUUCCUCAGUUAGCUCAAAAACAAGGCAGCUAGGAGCUCCAACUGUGGUGUGCAUCAUUGAUCACUUGUAGGUACCCCAGUUACAACACAGCCUUCACUAGGCCUCUUGGAAACACGCGGGCGGGGCGGCCACUUGUCAGGUUGGGGACGCCAGGAGGCCGAGAUUGGCGGGAUCUUUUCCCCUACGUCCUCUGCUUUGCAGCUCUUGCCAAAAGACUGGGUCCUGGCUUGUUGGCCUUAAGUGUUACCUGGAAGCGAGGUAGCAACAAGAGCUGGCAGUGGUCGCUUCUGGGAAGGAACAGGGUCUGAGUGGACGCAGGAAAGGGAUGAGACAACCCCAACCCCACCACAGCCACCGGUCACAGUCCCGCCAGGGAGUGGGCUGCGGGGCCCAGAGACAACAACGACAAUGGCGCGGAGAAACAGAAGUCUUGCAGGCCCCACCAUCGCGAGGCGCGGGGCUUCAGUAAAUGCCUUUGCAAGUGAUCUUACAGGUCGAAGCACCUUCAGAUCGCUUCCGCCAUUUCGUACAGGGGCGGCGGACUCUGGCCGCGGGGCCGCGCGCCGGGCGAACGCGCGCCCCCUUUGUCCCGCCUUCUUGCCAGCCCGCUGAUUGGACGGAGGGAGCGCGCCCGGAGAGAACGUGUCCCCCUUUGCUCGAACGUGCUCCGGGUGGAAACCGCCGCCGGUGGCGGCGUCGUUCCGCUGGCGGAAAGGAAGGGGGAAGCAGAAGGCUGCGCGCCGGCCGCUCCUCCCCACCCCCCCGCCUCGGCCCUGAACGGGCUGGAUGGGCAAGUCGGGCGCGAUGGCUCGAGCCCGGGCGGCGGCGACGGUGGCCGGAGGCGGUGGCGCCUCUUCCUCCUCGCCCCGGCGUCGGCGGUGAUCCAAGCGAGCGGCCGCGGCCCCCGAUGAGACUGCUGGCGGGCUGGCUGUGCCUGAGCCUGGCGUCCGUGUGGCUGGCGCGGAGGAUGUGGACGCUGCGGAGCCCGCUCACCCGCUCCCUGUACGUGAACAUGACGAGUGGCCCCGGCGGGCCGGCGGCGGCCGCGGGCGGCAGGAAGGAGACCCACCAGUGGUAUGUGUGCAACAGAGAGAAAUUAUGCGAGUCACUUCAGGCUGUCUUUGUUCAGAGUUACCUUGAUCAAGGAACACAGAUCUUCUUAAACAACAGCAUUGAGAAGUCGGGCUGGCUAUUUAUCCAGUUAUAUCAUUCUUUUGUAUCAUCUGUUUUUAGCCUGUUUAUGUCUAGAACAUCUAUCAAUGGGUUGCUAGGAAGAGGCUCAAUGUUCGUGUUUUCACCAGAUCAGUUUCAGAGACUUCUUAAAAUUAAUCCAGACUGGAAAACCCAUAGACUUCUUGAUUUAGGUGCUGGAGAUGGAGAAGUCACAAAAAUCAUGAGUCCUCAUUUUGAAGAAAUUUAUGCCACUGAGCUUUCGGAAACUAUGAUAUGGCAGCUGCAGAAGAAGAAAUACAGAGUGCUUGGUAUAAAUGAAUGGCAGAAUACAGGGUUCCAGUAUGAUGUCAUCAGCUGCUUGAAUUUGCUGGACCGCUGUGAUCAGCCCCUGACUUUAUUAAAAGAUAUCAGAAGUGUGUUGGAGCCAACUAGAGGCAGAGUCAUCCUUGCCCUGGUUCUUCCCUUUCACCCGUAUGUGGAAAACGGUGGCAAGUGGGAGAAACCAUCAGAAAUUUUGGAAAUCAAGGGACAGAAUUGGGAAGAACAAGUGAAUAGCCUGCCUGAAGUGUUCAGAAAAGCUGGUUUUGUCAUCGAAGCUUUCACCAGACUGCCAUACCUGUGUGAAGGCGACAUGUACAAUGACUACUAUGUUCUGGAUGAUGCUGUCUUUGUUCUCAAACCAGUAUAAACAUGUAGAGGCCGAAGUCUUCAGAGUCUGCCCCCACAAUCUACCCUCCAGAAGAGGGUCUGCGCGCAUGGUUAGUGAUGGAAGACUGUGGGGACUGCCAUUCUAAAUAUCAUGUAGGAAUUUAAAAAGCCAAAAUACUAAUUAUUUCUUUGUAGUGUGUAAAAGGAAUGUUUUUAAAAAAACAGAACCCCAGCUCUCUGUGGAUUUUUAUCAACCCUUUACUCACUUAGGGUGACAGUCCAGUGCAGGUCACACUCCACUUGUGUUGGAAGAUAUUUUUUAUACAUUUGCUGUGGGGACUCAUUCCCAGACAAAGCAAUAGUCAUGAAUCCAUGGAACCAAUAAAUGGACCGUUUUUAAUAAAAUGAAGACUGGCAAUAAAGCUGUCUAUUUAGUUCCAAAUAUUGGUUAUAAGGCCUAGCCACUGAUUCUCUUUCCUCUUAGAAACUUCCUGUUACUGUUCAAGACAAUGUUUUUAAUCAUGCUAAUAAACUUUUUUGGAGAUGACCCUGGCAUCACAUUUGAAUUACUGUCAGGCCCCCGAGCACUUGUCAUUGCUUUGGUUUUGGGAGUGCCCAGGUAGUGGUAUUAUGGAAAGAUGGGACGCUUUCUGUGUGUUGAAGAAGGCUUCAGGCUGAGGGAGGUGGAGAAUGCAGACUGCGGGGGACAUCAGAUGGUCUCCAUACCCCUAACACGAACGCCUAUUCAGACAUAGUGCGUGAGGGAGCACCCUGAGUCCCCAGUCAGUAUUGCUUCGAGAAGUGCACAACACCUCCUCUGACCUUCUGCUGUCUUGCACUCUACACUCAAAACUUUUUCUGGACAAUCUCAGGUUCUCAGAAUCGAAACAUCCUGUUGUAUUUACUGAUAGACUGCACCCUAAAAUGUCUAAUGCAAUUCCUACUCUAUACUUACAUACCCGUUCCUCAGAACUGGGCUCAUCCGAAAUCCUUCACUGAGUGUAAUAUUUGCCAAGAAUGUGGUUGCUGAAGACCAUGUCAGACAUGCAUUCUAGAAUUCAUGAGGGCCUCUGAUCCUAAGCUUAGCUAUGUUGCAGUGCAGAACUCAUUAGCAAGAUCAGAAACCACUGUGGAUAUUCCAAAAAAGCAGAGUGCUUGACCCAGAACCCAAACCUCCGUAAUAACAGAUGGUAAUCUGAGAUUGUGGGGAUGAACAGUAUGUUACUCUCAUAAGUUUAUUUUUUUAUCCAGGUGUUGCAUUUAGUGUUCUCAUUUAUAAACUCAUGGAAGUCAUCAACUUGACACAUUUACUGGCACACUUGCCACGUAAAGGAGAGUUAAGACUUGAGAAGAAUUUGUUUAUUACUCAACAGGAGCAGGAGUCCCAUGUCCUCAUGCCAGUAUCUUCCACUAUUACUGUGUAGUCAUAGGAAGCGUUGGGUUAUGUGGUUUAUGCAAAGUUGUUAUCGGUGUGUUCUAAUAAUUUUUCUCAGAAAUUCAAAUGAAAUGCUUAUCACCCUAAAUGGUAAAACUGAGUAAACUGAGUGUAGUUCUUGUAUGGUGGAGAUUUUCUUCUUUAUAAACUGUCAUAAUCAGGGUUGCUGUUUAAGACUGUCAAAUGAUGGAUGUUCAAAUAGGCAGGUUGCCCCAGUGUCAUAACUUUCAAGUUGAGAAUUAAUUUGAUGGUCUACUAAAACACAGCUCACUCUUAACCCAAAAAAGGCAGAGAAAGCACCUACACUUAAAAAAUAAACAGCUUUUCAAAAUCUGAGGUUCUCUGAAGACCGAUUUAUUAAAAAUGCCAUUUUGUGGCAUUGAAACCAGCAAAUGCACUCACAUUUUCUAUCUGAUCUUGGUGGUGUGGCACAAUUCCGCUAGAUGGCAGUGUUGCUUACUGAGUGUCAGUGUCUCCCCACCCCUCCAAUGGAAUCAUGGUUUUUUCCCCAAGUACAAUAAAGCUGCCUUGUGUGCACCAUUCCUCAUGUAAAGUGCUUCAUAUCAAGUUAAGGUUGUGCUAGAGAAACUAAGAAGAGCUCCACCAGUGGUCAAAGCCAGCUAAGCAAUGAAUCUUCAAGGUCAGUGGAGAAAGGAAAUUGAAGCUGCACCUGGCAUUCUUGGCUCCUUGCACCUGCAUUCUAAGUCCCUUGAGUGCUGAGCCUGCUGGGCUCAGAGAAGGCCACGUGGGAAAGAAGAUACUGUGCCCCGCAGUCACUUCUCCUUUGAAUGAGGCAGUUAUAACUGCUGCCACAGCUCCUACCAUCCUGCUUGAGCCACUGCCAACCUUGUAACAGAAAACCAGCUGGGGUGGGGGUAAACUUAGGUCUUUCUGUGUAAAGUUUCUUUUCACUUUGUUCUGAGUAUGGGAUCAAUAGCUUGGUAAUGAAGCAAGAUGUUUUCAUCAAUUGCUUCCAUCAUUUGAUUAUUGCUAGGCAUUUCUUUUCUCUAGCGAUAGCAUAUCCGUCAGCGUCAGUGGCUACAGUGACCUAUCAUGUUUGUGUCAAUACCUAAGUCCCCCCAAAUUACCUAGCAUCCCACACAUCUGUGUUACAGCUGGAAGACAGAGUACUAACCAGGGUGGCCUGGGAGUAUCUGGAGCACAAAACGGGGUUCCUUGUUGGUUGGAAACAAUCAGGUCACAAACUUAACAACCCACUUAUCAAAGCUACAGAAUAGUGGAGGAAGUUCACAUGGUACCCAUGCUAAGGAGCAAAUGAAAAAAGUAUAGCCAGACAUUAAGGGACUAGCACAGCAAUAGGAGAUUCAGCAGCCUGCCUGUUUGUAAUCAGUGGGUGAGGGGCUAGUAGCUAAGCUACAGGGUGGCCUCAUUUAUUUUUCCAAUUUUUUCAUUGUAGUAAAAUAUGCUGAAAUAAACCAAACCUUUUUCAGAGAUAUUAAAUACAUUCAUAUUGUGCAGCCAUUACCACCAUGCAUUGGCAGAAUUCUUUUCAUCUUGCAAAACUGAGCCUGCACCUGUUAAACAACAACUCUAUUCCCCCCAGCCCCAGUCCCCCACUUUCCAUUUCAUUGCUCAAGGUGCUCGUGUAAGUGGAAUCGGACAGUAUUUGUCUCUGUGACUGGCCUCUUUCACUUAGCAUAAUGUCCUCAAGUCUCAUCCAUGUUAUAGCAUGUCAGAAUUUCCUUUUAAAGGAAUAUUUAAAUAUUCCUUUAAAAAAAGGAAUAUUUAAAGGAAUACUGUGUUGCUUACCCAUCAAUCCACCAAUCAACACUUA